AUGUAUGAAUUAUUCCACCUACAGGAAAGGUUGCUCCAGGAGGUUGAUGACAUAUUCAAUGAGUUACUCAGCAGAAUUGGCGCGGGCACCGGCGACAUCAUGGGCUUCUGCGGAAGUAUAUAUAAUAAAGCUGGUGAGGGAUUAUGCAAGACCAGAUGUCAGGAGAUUACGAAAAUUCUGCUAUACAUCAAAGGGUAUGAUUAUACACAGGGAAAAUGGACACACAGGGAAUUCUCCGAAAUGACUGGGGACAACUUUAGGGAAUAUUUACAGUGCAUAGUAGGAAGUGAGGUUUUAUUAAGACUGUAUGGACGCAAUAAGGAGCUUCAGAAAGUUAUAGCAGAGGUGUCCGAUAAGUUAGGAAAAUCGAACACUUUAUUGGGCGACCACCCUCAACGUGGAUUGUGCGAAAACAGAGAUUGGGGGAAGGUCAUAUUCCAAUCAAAGAGCAUGGGAAUGGCCUUAAAGAACCGACUAGAACAGUUGCGCGCCACAUGGGUGGCAGGGACAGCGCGCAGUGCACGCACAGGAUCAGGAAAAUGUGGAUGGCACCAUACAGAUCAGAAUGAUGCGCAGCUGCAGCCAAGUGAAGCGAAUUGUAAUGAGCAUGAGGGCGUACUACAGGAGGACCAUGAGCUCAUAAAGCAAAUAAAGGCCUGGGUGGACGCCGGAGACAACUUUCCGCAAGUCAAGCACGUGCUACAGGACAUGCAAAAACCCGGGCAAUCCAAGGGCAAAUGUGAUAUACAGAAACAGAUACAGACAAAGGUUAAGCAACUGGAGAACAAAGUGAAUCCACCUAAGGUAACCGGCGUCACACCACCUGCACCACCCCCGAAGCCGCGGCCACGACCGGCACCAGCACCAAGACCGCCGAGACCACCGAGGCCAUCGAGACCAGCCGCAGAACCGUCAUCGCCAGGAGUAGGCACAGCAGGGUUACCAGCGGUAGGAACAUCCGACACAAAGGCCACCGACAAACCCGCCCCGGCCAAACCAGUACCAGCCAAACCACCCGGGACAGACGGACAAGCAGUAGCGGUGACACCGGAGAAGGCACCGGGUGCAACGACGACGACAUCAUCUGGUGGUGGUGGUGCUGCUCAAGGAGGUACUGGGCAAACCCAAGGGACGACAUGUCCAGGGGCGAAAAUAUUGGAGUGGACGCCUAAGCCAGUGUACGUGGUGCUCCCUAAUGAUGAAGAUCAAUGGACCAAGGUGAAGGACGUGUUGCAGGAGUUUAUUGAAUAUUUGAAGGAAAAUAAUGAGAACUUUGAAGUAUGGGGUGCCAACUGUGAAAAUACAGGUUGGAAUGAUUUCAAUACAGGUGAACACCAUACGGGGCAAACGGUGGCGGAUAUGAUGAGAUGUAGGCUAAUGUCAGGAGCAUUGUGGUUUGCGAACGGCUUAGGGAUCGAUAUGGACGAAUGGGACAAAAGGAGUGAAGACGAUAAAGAAAUGUACGAGAGACUAAGAUGUGAAGUGGUUCAUGUUUUUGGGCAUUUACUGAAAGAUAUGUACUGCAAAGGCAGGCAAACAUGGUAUAGAGGUAUAGAGUAUGCUUGGAACACAAUGACCGAAAUGGGGAAAACUCAGAACGGAGGAGCAGGACCCACGGGUCCCGUUGUGGCUGGGAAGUGUACACCAUGUGGGUAUACGGGCUAUCACAGGCACAUCACAGCAAUAAAUUUGGCGAUAGCACAAUGGUUAUUGGAGCAUGGAAACAUAAGUGCUGAAAUAGCACAAAUGCAAGAUGCCAUGCCAUGUAAUACGACGUGGAAAAAGUAUCUUAAGGACGGGGCCACACACGGCAACACUAUCAAAGACAGUUUGACCGAAGAAGGCAAGAACAAGAUAAAGGAAGCACAGGGGAAGAUGACAGCAGCAGUAACCCAGAUAAUAGAGAAGGUGCAGACAGCAGAGGCACAUAUAAAGGACGCAGCAAAGAGGAUAAUUAACGACGCGAAGAAGAAAGAACAGCAAGAUGUUCCAGAAGUGAAGAAUGCGGAUGAGACGGACAACAGCAAGCAGGCAGCUAAGAGCGCUAACGGGAAAAAUAAAGACAAUAAAGACCAGAAAACGUCAGAAUCGCCAUCUUCAACAUUGAAACCAGCAGAGGCACCAGCAUCAGGGACAGCAGGGGACAGGGGAAGGUCAGAUCAGGGAGUCUCAGAUACACCACGGGCUACGGGAUCCCCACCACAACCCCCACCUGCGGCACCGCCUGCAGGGGCAGACGGAUCAGGUACACCAGGUCAAGGACCAGGACCGGGACAACAACCACCCCCACCUCCACCACCGGACAGCGCACCAUCGGGACAGGCACCAACGGCGGAGAAGAAAGGAGAGUCGUCAACGGACACUCAAGGUGAGGACGAGUGCCAGGACGAUAACUCCGAUACGAAAGCAUCCGGUAUAGAGACGCAUGCGAACUCGCUUGUCACUGUUGCAAGGGGUACGCACAUAUACGCAGGCCAGCAGCCUUCAUGCGCCAAGCUGAAGGAGCUGGAGCGCUUGCAAGAGUCCACGGACGGUUCACACAAAUCCACGGCUGUUCGGGAUGGUACUCUUAGAAUGCGUGCAACACGCACGCAUAAUGUAGAUUACCAGUGCGGGAGACACAUAACAGAAAUGAGAGGAAACCAGAAGAACAACAACAAGAAGAGAAAAGAAACCAAAUUUCCGGAGCACGAGAGAGCGACAACACGGAGAGAAAAGACGGGACAUGGUGCUCCCCCCGGUUCCACAAGUCAGGAUCCGUCAGUAUCAUCGUCAGAAACAACAUCACCCACUGUUGCCACUACCACGCGGACCUCAGGAGACCAGAAUCCCUCACAGAAACCUACUGAAAGUGUAACAUCAGGACCAAACAGUACACCUGCUACGGACAACACCCAGGUUGCCGGGGCCCCCGUCCAUGGCGGCGCUGAUGACCCGCCUCCUCUCAAUCCACCCAAACCAAAACCGAACCCGAACCCAGAUCAAUCGGGUAGUAGUGGCAGUUUCAGUGAUGCUGAUUUGGCGGAUGGAGUGUCUGGUGGGCAAGGAAAGGGAGGUGAGGGUGGUGAAAAGGCUGCUGGCGGCACCGGUAGCGGCAGUGCAGCAGGAGGAGGUAGUACUGGUGGUGGAGGAGGCCGUGGAGCAGGUGGUAGCGGCACCGACGUUGUCACCCCUUCCGUUCGGCCUGGUGUUACAUGGGAAGAUGUCAAGCCGUACACCCCCGCGAUCAUUCCCGCGGCGGUUGGUAUUGGCAUCAUUGCGUUCUUCCUAUGGAAGUACUUUGCCUACCUGGCCAAACGACGACGACAGUUUCGAACCGUUCGUGACGUGCCGUCACCGCCACUCGACGAAGACAUACUACACCAUCUACAACGCGGCGACCUGCCGCCACCCGAUUACGGGUACACGAUAAUUAGGGAUAGGCAGCCCGCGUCAACACCCGGCAGAGGCCGCCCCCCACGCGUGCAUAAACGCACCAUCAUUGAACUACAUCUAGAAGUGCUCAACGAAUGUGAAGCGACCGAAUGGGAAAACGUCAAAGACGACUAUUGGCAGAUUGUCGUGCAUGAGUUUGCACAUGACUUGGAGCCGCAUGCAACCGGGCAUAGUAGUUUCCCGGAUGCUCCUAGCACAAACCAGGGUCCUCCAGGGAUCAAUGUUUCCUCCACGGACUUCGACGGAACGGACGCAUCUCCAGAUGAUGACCCCGAUCCUUGGAGUUCUAUAGAAACUAUACAGUUAGAAACAGACCCGUUUCCACCUAACGCAGAUAACCCAUGGAGUUGUAUGGAAACCAUACCGUUAGCAACGGACCCUUGUCCACCACAUGACCCCGAUCCGUGCAGUUGUAUGGAAACCAUGCAGUUCGACACGGAUCCAUGUCCACUUAACGAAGAUAACCACGAUCCUUGGAGUUGUAUGGACACUAUACAGUUAGCAACGGACAAUUGUCCACCACAUGACCCCGAUCCAUGGAGUUGUAUGGAAACCAUACAGUUCGCAACGGACAAUUGUCGACCUAACAAAGAAGACCCCGAUCCAUGCAAGUGUAUGGAAACUAUACAGUUAGAAACGGCACCUGGUCCACCUAAUGACUGCGAUUCAUGCAGUUGUAUGCACACUAUACCGUUAGAAACAGACCCGUUUCCACCUAACGCAGAGGACCCCGAUCCAUGGAGUUGUAUGGAAUCCAUACAGUUAGCAAUGGACCCUUGUCCACCGAAUGAAGGUGACCCCGAUCCAUGGAAUUGUAUGGAAACUAUACAGUUAGAAGAGGAACAGAGUCCUGCCCCUACUGUUCCGGGGGCCGCGAAGUCGUACUGCACCCAAUGGAUUAACUGGAUUGACUGCAACAAAGCUAUUCUGCGCGAGUGCACCACGCAGCCGUGGUUUAAUGCUCUCAAAUCGGCAUGGAGACAAUACCUGCGUGAGCACAUGGUGGCAAACGGAGCAUCCGGUGAGCACUGGCAAGCCGCAACCAUGGAAAGCAAGAAGCACGCAUGGAAAGCAUGGGUAGCGCAACAACAUCGGCAACUGCGUAUGUAUACGGAGGAGUGGUUCCAACAUUUGUUGCAUAAUGUAGAGGAGCAGACAGUAACGGCAACAGGCGAAAGCCCUGGAGUGGAAACAUUAAUGGGAAAAGAAGAUGUGCUACGCGUGACACAUGCACAACCGUCCCAAUCACUGCAUCCGCCACCGGACAUGCAAAAAACGUUAACCGCUAAAACAUGGAUACUGAUCCUGGCAUUCGUCAUAGAACAGUGCGAAGUCGAACGCAGUUUGCAGGAGAAGGAGUUAUGUGUGGAUGACCUAUUGGAGCAACUGUGA